GGGCCCCGUCCUGCCCCACCAGAUCGAGUUCACGGGGGGCAAACUGAUAAGGGCUGUAUUAAUAUGGAGCCGCGCCGCACCCCGAUCCGCGCCAGUGAGUGUUUACUUUCAGAAGCGAGCGGUAGUCCCCAGUAGUGUUCCCCAGCUGCACCAUGACGACUGCGACGGAGCCGAUGCUGGACGUGUCCGAGCUGCUGCGGCCGGAGCCCGCCUUCGCCACCAAGCCCGUCGUGCAGUUUCGCGACUACACCGUGGACCCCACCGACCGCAUCAAGGAGCGCGUCCGCAAGCUGUACCACGAGAUGCACACCAGCAUGACCGUGGACUUCGUCAAAGAACGACGCGCCAGUUGGCUCAAAUUUGACAAGUUCAAGGCUACGAUGCUGGAGGCGGUGGCCAAAAUGUCAGGCUUCCUGGACGAGAGCGACCCGGAUGUGGACGUACCCAACAUCAUGCAUGGCUUCCAGACAGCCGAAGGCAUCCGUAAAGAGCACCCCGACAAGGGUUGGUUCCAGCUAGCAGGACUUAUUCACGAUGUCGGCAAGAUCCUCCACCUCUACGGAGAGCCUCAGUGGGCCACCACCGGGGACACCUUCCCGGUCGGCUGUGACUGGGGCCCCUCUGUUGUUUACCGCGAGACAAGCUUCGUGGACAACCCGGACGCCAAGCACCCCGUCUACUCCACCAAGUUCGGCAUGUACAAGCCCGGGUGUGGACUCGAGAAUGUACUCAUGUCGUGGGGUCACGAUGAGUACAUGUACCAGGUGCUCAAGCACAACAAGACCACUUUACCUGACGAGGCGCUCUACAUGAUCAGAUUUCAUUCCUUCUACCCAUGGCACUCAAGCGGUGAUUAUAUGCACCUCUGCAAUGACAAGGACUUAAAGAUGCUUCCUUGGGUGCUGGAAUUUAACAAGUAUGAUCUGUACACCAAGACUGAUGAUGACCUCCCAGAUGUUGAAGCUUUAACUCCUUACUACCAGAAACUGAUUGAUCAGUACAUUCCUGGAGUGCUUGAGUGGUAGUUUGUCAGUAACUCUUAGUAUUAAUCAGGUUUCUGUGAGAAAAUGUACAUUUGUCUUUUAUGUUGUUUUUGUUGCACAUAAAAAUAUCUAUUUAUUACAAUAAAAAAAUGUCUUAAUUUUGAA